GAGAGAGAGAGAGAGAGAGAGAGAGAGAGAGAGAGAGAGAGAGAGAGAGAGAGAGAGAGAGAGAGAGAGAGAGAGAGAGAGAGAGACCUUAUUGAAAAGAAAAGCGGAGGUCGGCUCGGGGAGGAUCAGCUUUGUCCAUCGGUGUGGGGUUGGGGGUGCAUGCUUGUCCUCUCCAGUGGGCUUCCUCCUUUGUGAGAGAGAGAGAGUUAACAAAAGACAAAGAAUGUGCAAUAAACAGAGAGGAGAAUGUCGACCGGCGGAGGAGGCUGGAGCGGGGAUGCCUGGUCUGGGCAGGAGAACCAGUGUGGUACUACUACUGGCUCUCCUGGUAGCCAUGGUUCAGGGACAGGUGGAGGUAAUGGGGAACAUGCUGCAGGAUGGACCCGGGAAGCUGGAGGCCUCCAUGCACUCCUCCAUACUGUCAGACUUCCAGGAGGUGGAGGCCUUGGAGCCGGUGGCGGCUACAGUCUAUCAGGCUGAAGUAGGAGCAGCAGGGGGGGAGUCAGGAAUCCCCGACUCGUCUGCUGUGGUGGGCCGGGUGUUUCAGAUGAAGGUCCCGUUGAAGACGGACCACACCAGCAACACUAAGAUCACUGAGUCUGGCAAGGAGACGCUACCAACAUGGCUACACUGGAAGAGCAACAUCCUACAGGGUCUACCACUGGAGGAGGACAAGGGUGUCCACUACAUCGCCGUCUCCACAUCAAACGGCAGCCAGGACAUCUUCUCCAUCGAGGUGCACCCAGAGGAACAUGUGGACCCGAUCCAGCUAGCCAUUCAGUCAGCAUCCAACAAUGAGGUCAAGCCGUUUGUCUGCGGCACAGAGGAACCGGUGACGGUACUCACAGUGAUUCUGGACGCCGACCUCACCAAGAUGAGCUCCAGGCAGAGGGUGGAGCUGCUGGGCAAAAUGAAGAAGUUCUCUGGCGUGGAGCUCCAGCACAUGAAGAUACUUCCCGUGGUCAACAACAGAUUGUUCGACAUGACCGCCUUCAUGGCCGGACCGGGAAAUGCCAAAAAGGUGGUGGAGAACGGAGCCCUGUUAUCCUGGAAGCUGGGCUGUUCCCUGGACCAGAGCAAUGUCCCCAACAUCAGCAGCGUCCAAGCGCCAGCGAAAGAAGGCACUAUGUCUGCUCAGCUGGGAUACCCUGUGGUCGGUUGGCACAUCGCCAACAAGAAGCCUCAUAUCCCCAAACGGGUGAGGCGCCAGCUCAACAAUACCCCUACCCCGGUUCUUGUUGUGCUUCCCCCAACGUCUGUCGUCGAGCCCCCUAUUCGCAUUGUACCCACCCUGUCGUCACCUGCCAUUGCUGCCCCCACAGACAGCUCUGCCCCACCCAUGAGAGGACCUGUGCCCUUGCCCAUGAAGCCCACGAUCCGUGUUAGAGACUCAUAUGCCCACACUCCCACUCAGGGUGCACCCCUGCCAACCAGAGUGAUGGAGUCCACUAGUACCAUCUCCAUUGAGCCCACUAUGACCAGGCAUACCGUUGUGGAAGCUACACCGACACUCCCUCCACCCACCACAGUUGCCACCAGAAAGCCAACCAAGAAACCAAAGAGACCGAAGACCACUCCGAUGCCAAGGGAGUCCAAGACCACCACAGCCAAACCAGCCAGGCGCACCACCCCUUCGUCCAUCGUGCCUGACCCAAGAAACGAGAAGCCAGAUCUCCGCAACCCCAUCGAUCAGGUCAAUGCCUUCGUGGGCACAUACUUUGAAGUGAAGAUCCCAUCCGAUACGUUCUUUGACAAGGAGGACGGUACAACAGACAAACUAAGGUUGACCUUGAGGAUGAACCACAACGAAGUUGUUGGGGAUGACUCCUGGAUACAGUUUAAUAGCACAAGCCAGCUGCUAUACGGUCUUCCAGACUCAAAUCACGUUGGGAAGCAUGAGUACUUCAUGCAGGCCACCGAUAAGGGUGGUCUGAACGCGAUCGACGCCUUCGAGGUCCGUGUGAACCGCUGGGCAUCCAACGAUAAGUCCCCGGUCCUGUUCCAGGCCCGCUUACACGGAGAACCGCGCCUGGUGACCAAUGACAUCCACAAGAAGAUUCUGCUCAUCAAGAAGCUGGCAUACUCGUUCGGUGACCGCAACAGCAGCACGGUCACCCUGAGGAACAUCACCAAGGGAUCCAUCGUGGUGGAGUGGACCAACAACAGCCUCCAGCAGAACCCUUGUCCCAAGGAGCAGAUUCAGACCAUGUCCAGGAGGAUCUCUGAUGCCCAGGGAAGGCCCUCCCAGACCUUCGUCUCCGCCAUGGAACCGGACUUCAUACCCAUCAGCAUCAAGGUCAAAGGAACGGGUGCCUGCCGGAACUACAUGUUUGUCCCGCCUGGUGAAAUCACUAUCCCUAUCCCUCCAGCUGUCACGCCGUCACUGGGCACCGGACGCCAGAGCACAGACGACGUCUACCUCCACACAGUGAUUCCGGCCGUGGUGGUGGCGGCCAUCUUGCUGAUCGCUGGCAUCAUCGCCAUGAUCUGCUACCGCAAGAAGCGCAAAGGAAAGCUGACCAUCGAGGACCAGGCUACCUUCAUCAAGAAGGGUGUGCCCAUCAUCUUCGCCGACGAGCUUGACGACUCCAAGCCGCCCCCGUCCUCCUCCAUGCCGCUCAUCCUGCAGGAGGAGAAACCCCCUCUUCCCCCACCGGAAUACCCUAACAUGGCCAGUCCAGAGACCACCCCCCUGAACCAGGAUCUUCUGGGUGAGUACACGGCUCUGAGGGACGAGGACCCCAACGCGCCCCCCUACCAGCCCCCGCCCCCCUUCACCGCACCCAUGGAAGGUAAAGGAUCUCGUCCAAAGAACAUGACCCCUUACAGAUCCCCACCACCUUACGUGCCACCCUAAGGGUUUAGCAGGCUCCUCCAGAGAAGGAGGAGGGAAGCAGGGGGACUUGUAACGGUCUCAAUCCAGUGUCUGUUUGGAAAUAAGGGGUGGGAGGAGGAGGACAAAGUGGGAACAAACUUUGGAUUUUGGGUUGGGAGGGUUAUGGGGUGAUCUGAUUGAAGUUCAAGUUAUUGGAAAGAUGGGAGGGAGGGAGAACUAGAUGUUAGCCGCGGCGACAGUAGCCACAAAAAGGACACUAUUCAGUCUGUCGUCUCAUUGGCUACAGCUGAAUGGCUAGUUUGGGAAGAGACGCCCCUCUAGUCCCAGCGCUUUUUUUUCUCUGUUUGAAACUUAAUGGGCUUUUGUUUUAAUUUAGUUAUUUGGUUCUGUUUAGUUUUUUUUUUUUUUUUUUUGGGGGCUGACUUCAAACGACUUGCUUAAUAAAACUAUUUUUAUGUUAUUUUAUCUUGAAUAAUACAAGAAGAUAAUAAACAAACACACUGCAGGCAUAAAAUGUUUUUAAUAGAGAGAGAGUUCUAUGAAUAAAAACAGAAACAUCGUAAUCAUGUGGAUCUGCACCAGCCCUGCAGCUAGUCCUGCAGCUAGCCCUGUAGCUAACCCUGCAGCUAACCCUGCAGCUAGCCAUGCAGCUAACCCUGCAGCUAACCAUGCAGCUAGCCCUGCAGCUAACCCUGCAGCUAACUCUGCAGCUAGCCAUGCAGCUAACCCUGCAGCUAACCCUGCAGCUAGCCCUGCAACUAACUCUGCAGCUAGCCCUGCAGGUAACCCUGCAGCUAGCCAGACAGACAACACAGUGGCUUGUUGGGCGGUGGGUCAGUGUUUUGAGUCAAUAAGGUUUGCCUUUUAACACUAAUUGUAUAUUUGUAUCCUUAUUCACACAAUGUCUAGUCAAGAUGAUCAUAACAAAGUUGGCCUAAAAAAUCAUUAGAAAAUGUAAAACGUUCUGUUUGUUUUAUUAGUUUCAUUUUUAAAUCCACUCUAUAUCUGGAUGGUUCUGAUAGAUAGAUAGAUAGAUAGAUAGAUAGAUAGAUAGAUAGAUAGAUAGAUAGAUAGAUACAGGAUCUCUCCCUCGAUCAGAAAGAAACGGUAAACCAAGUAGAUAGACCCAGCCCAGUCAGGACUAAACAAGCAAACAUUACCGUUAGCUAAUGUUAGCACGUACGGCAACCAUGACAACUGUGAUUCUACAACAGCCUGGCCCAGUUAUUAUCAGAUGUGUAGUUUUGACUUGAAGCUCAAGGAUUUUUUUACCUUGCCUGGGUAUCCCGAAGCCACCCAAAAUCAUUCAAGAGGGAAAAACAAUACACUAUCCCCUUUUUAUUAUUAUUAUUAUUUAAAAUGGCUCCCUUAACCCGAAUAUGAUCAUAAUAUUGACCAUUUGAAUGCCAUGUUGCCUUUAUGGUGAUGCGAUGAGUCUUCUGUAUAUAGCUAUCGAUCGGCCUGUUGAAAUAAUAUUAAGUGUAUUUAUACUUCAAAAAAUGUUUGUGUAAAUCAGAUGUGGAAAAAGCCUCCUGCAGUUUAUUUUAGACAAGGAGUAAUUAUUUUUGUAUGUAGUGAUGAUGAUGCUCUUGUUCUCACAGUUUAUGCGGGAAACAAUUCAUUCGCUGUUGAGAGUGAUUUAGAAGGUCCUGAAAAAGGGAUACAAUCUUUAUUCACAACUCAAAGGUCAUUAAGACGAUGAGAUGGAGAGAAGAUGGAGAGGAGAGAAGAGGAGAGGAGAUGAAGAGGAGAGGAGAGGAGAUGGAGAGGAGAGGAG